AUGUCGGCCACGCCGCUACUCGCCAGCACAACGCCCUCAACGUCCGCCGUCUCCUCGCCCCGGAUGUCGCUGGGCGACGACGACAAGUGUACCCCUCUCCUCGGCGCGGCAGCGUCCAAGGAGCGCUACACGCCUGCAUUGCCCCCUCUGCCAGCGACAACGAAGCGACCCAGCACCCGCCGCCUCCUCUCGCCUCGCGCCCUCGCAGCCUUUGUCGUUAUUGUGGUCGCGCUGGGAUGCGGCUUGUACGCAACGCGGUCUUCCCUGGCGGUCCCGCCUGCAGCGGCAGCCUACGUCGACUCUCUCCACGGCAUGUUCGGGACAACGCAACGAGUUGCGACACUCGUCGAGCAGAUGCAUGAGCCGCCCUCCACCGCUUUCGAAUCCGACGGCAUCUUUGUCCAGGACGCUGCGAAGGGCAAUCACACGGUCACUGCCAUCCUCAUUCACGGCUUGGGCGACUCUGGAGACGGCCGGCCGUUCAUCUGGUCGAUGCCGCAGGAGUUCCCCUGGGUCCGAUGGGUUGCUCCAACGUCCGACUAUCUCAACGUGACUGUGCACGUCUACGAGGACGAGGACGUCAAGGGCUACGUCCACAGCCAGCAGCAGCUCAACCGCCUGAUUGACGAGGAGCGGCAGCGGAUGGUGACUGCCGGCAAGGAGCCUCGCAUUGUCCUCAUGGGCUUCUCUCAAGGCGGCGCCAUGACCCUCCUUUCGACUUUGACCGCCCGCUCCGAGAACCGCAUCGAGGCAGCCAUUGUUCUCUCGACGUUCCUGCCUAUGAUUGAGGAGCUCGACGAGGUCUUCUCGCCCGCUGCUCGCGACACUCCCAUCUUGUGGAUGCACGGUCGCGAAGAUCCGUUCCUUUCGCUCGAAAAUGCGGAACUGGGCGUCUCUCGCCUGAGCACCCCGCCUAUCAACCUCUCCCGCCUGAAGUUCAAGACCUACGAGGGCUUGAUGCACACCUGGACGAACGAGGAGCUCGACGACGUCGCCGACUGGUUCGAGGCGAACGUCCCGGAGCGGCGACAACACUCGGCGCAGGACGCCUUCCACACGCUCUCGCCGGCCGAGCACGAGCAGGAGAAGCACGACGCGGAGGAGAAGAUGGAGGUCAAGUGGUUCAAGGCCGAAGCGGAGGUUCCGGCACGACGUCGGUGGAGGAGGAGCAUGGUCCCGCGGUCGCUCCGCCGUCACUCGAGGCGACGGGUCGGACCAAAGCGCUUACUCACUGGCGGCGUACUCCCCGGGCAGUUCAGCUUCUGA